AUGGUUAUAACAUGCGAGGCGGAAUUUCAGCCAGAGCCGAAGGAUGAAAAAGAUAAGUUGGACGGGACUUCAAGUGAAGGAAUAAGUUCUAUUGAGCGAUUCUCAGUAGAACUUAUUCCUCAACGAAGAGUGAUGGCUAACGGUCUUUACAUUCCAAUGUUAAGAACAAAGAAGAUGCCCAGGCUCGCCAACGAUGCCGUCCAUUGGUACAUAGGAGAGCUAACGUCCAGAAUAGUAGCAGAGUCAGGAAUACCCAGUGAUCGUUAUCACUUAGGCAAAAUACUAUUGCAGAGUUUCAAAGAUGCUCCAGAUUUUCUACUGCAGAUCGAUGGGGCAAGAGAUGACAAAGAAACCAAUAAGUCAGUAUUGGCGCGAACGGUGCGUUGCGCCAAUGCAAUGAAAGCAGCAGGACUCAAAAUCGGAGAUGUAGUAGUUAUGAUGGCACCUAACCAUUUAGAUCUGUCAAUACCUUUUUAUGCGGGAUUCUGCAUCGGUGCCGUUGGAGCCCCUAUGGAUAGAACUAUGGAUGAUCUCCGCAUUGCAUUUGACACCAGCAGACCAAAAGUGGUAUUCUGUCAAAGCGAUAAAGCGGCAGUUAUUCAACUUGUUGUCAAUGAACUGAAACUCGACACAUUAGUAGUCACAUUUGAUAAAUGCGAAAGUUUUUGUAGUUUCAAUGAAUUUCUUGAGCGUGGUACGAAUGGUCUAAGUGAUGACCAAUUCAAGCCUGCCGAUUUCGAUCCUGAACACACCGUGGCUUUAUUAAUCUCGACAAGCGGCACUAAUGAAUUUACCAAAAUCUGCUGUGGUGACGCACAAAAAUUUAGCUAUAACUACACCUUAUUUGUUCCUACAUUCUUUAUGGUAACUCCAGCCAUAAUAACAUUAUUGCUAUAUCGGGAUGAUGGGGAGCAUUGUGACAUGACUUGUUUAGAUCUGAUCCUACUGGGAGGUAGUAGCGUCCCUAAAGGUUUUAUCGAAAACGUUCAGAAAGUGUUACCUGAAACAGAGGUUAUAGACUCAUUUGGAAUGACAGAACUAACGAUGAGUGCGUUCCAUGGUGACGAUCCCUCGGUAGGAUCCUGUGGAAAGCGUAUGGGAUGUCAUCAGUAUCGUUUAGUCGAUAUUGAAACAAAAGAAGACAUAUUAGAACCUCAUGUGCCCGGGGAACUCUGGGUUAAAGGGCCAGGUGUUUUUAAGGAAGCAUUCGCAGAGGGUGGCUGGUUCAAAACUGGGGACAUAUUCUACAGAGACGAAAAAUUGAAUUAUUACCACGUCGAGAGAAUGAAGUCUAUACUCAAAUAUAAAGGUAACCAAAUAUCGCCUGCUGAAAUAGAAGGUGCGAUUCAUCAACACCCGGGAGUUUUGUACGUAGCUGUGACAGGGGUUCCUGAUAAUGAGGAUAACGAGUUGCCGACUGCUUGCGUGGUCCGCCGCCCUGGCCACAAUGUCACAGCGCAGGAAAUCAAAGAUUUCGUAAAAGAAUUACUGGCUGACAUAAAACAUCUAAGGGGUGGCGUGAUCUUCUUAGACGAUUACCAAUGA